UGACUUGUCUCUCUCUCUUGCAUACAAGGAGAAGGAAGUCCCAGCCCCCCUCCCCCGCCCCGUCCCUCUCUCCCUUCACCCUCCGUAGCCAUGGAGGACUAUACCUCCUAUGCGAACGUCCUGAAGGAGGCGGUGGCCGUGAUCUCCGAAGCGUCGCUGGAGCGCGAGCUAGCGGCGCAAGUUCACUCGAAGUUGGCCGGGCAAGCGCGCGCACGUGCCGCGCUGGAGGCCAACCUUCGCGGCCACGUUGAUGAGGCCAACCGGCGAAUUGAGCUCCUGGCGCAGGAGGUCGACCAGCGCCGGGACGAGGCAGAGAAGACGCGGCAGGACGCCGAAAGCCGGCUGGAGACUCUGACGCGACAGAUCGAGGAAACCGAACAACUGUGCCAAGCCUCGGAAGAUCGCAUCCGCGACCUGACAGCCGAGCUGGCACGGGUACGGGCCGAAAAGCGCGCGGCGAUGUCCGCCUCGCGGGACAGCGAUCCGCGUCUGCGCUAUUCGUUGAUGCUUUACGAGAGUAUUCUGGACAUUCGGUGGGAUAGCGUCCCUGAUGGCGAUGAUGUGCUCAGCGAUGACGAUGAAGAUCCCGGCUUGGGGCCAGGGUCCGGGCCAGAGUCCGAGCUGUCUCUCCGACGCCGGAACCGAGCCGGCAAGGCGCGCACAUCGGUGCUAAGCGGGCACAUCUCCCUCAAGGGCCGGGUCCGGCCCUUCUCCGUGGACACGGCGCAGCAGAGCGCGCACUUUGUCACCAACUAUCUGUGGGAUCUUGCCGGAUAGGCCGGCCUGCUACGCUGCUGCAUGGUCAUCCCCCUCCCUGGACAAUACACAAAAAGCUGAUA